CCAACUUCAACCACUACUCACAGACUUACAGUCCAGCAGCACCACCACCACCACCACCACUAUUCACCCACUCCACCGACCACUGCACACACCACCAACACCAACCACUACUCAUAGACUUGCAGUCCAGCACCACCACCACAAACUCCAACCACUACACACAGACUUACAGUCCAGCACAACCACCACCAACCACAACACACAGACUUGCAGUCCAGCAGCAGCACCACCACCACCAACCACUACACACAGACUUGCAGUCCAGCACAACCACCACCACCAACCACUACACACAGACUUACAGUGAAGCACAACAACCGCCACGACCAAAUUCCACAACCACCGGAAUUCCUGCACGACGCUGCCCUGCGCAGCUACGCCGCGUAGCGGACACGCAGCGCCCGGCACCAACUUUAUACAACCAUCACAACACCGCCAGUCGCCCCACCUCCUACAACUUUAACUCAGCUCUACACCCCCCCAACCCCUACCCCUACAACUUGCGAGCGAGCUGCACUCGAGAGGAACAGACGGCUGUGAGGGCAUGGAUGACGGAGGAGGGCAGCAGUGGGAGGAUUUAAAGUCCCUGCUCCCGUCAGCUCCCGCGACGCCUGAUGCAUUAUCCUCACCGGGCCACGGUGGGGCGACCCACCAAACCAUCAACAUCUACCCCAACCCAACCUCGCGGCUACUGGACAGCGGCGACGCUGAGCUGCACCUCAGUCAAGUGGAGCAGCAGCAGCAGCAGAAGCAGCAGCAGCAGGAAUCAGCCGCCACCAUUGCUACACCACAAUGGAUGGAUUUGACGGACAGUUCCAACAUAGAGCCCAUGGCGAUGGCCUCUAAGGCUGGAUCUGCUGCUGGAGCUGCUGCUGCUGCUAGUUCUGGUGGUCGCGGUUGCAGUGUCCUCCUGUGCGACGGGCCCUCUCUGCUGCUGCACAAGCGGCUGCAAGAGGAGGCGCAGAGCCUGGCGCGUGACCGGGCGGGCACGCCGGACUUCCAGGCGUGCCGUGGGGGCGGCCCGCAUGGCCACAGCGCGCUGUGCGCCACGCACAGCCACGGACGCUGCUUCCGCCUGCACUGGUGCUGCCUGCUGGGGUGGUGCCACUGUAAAUACGUGUACCGAGCGUUCACCCCGCUAGAACGGCUGCCCAGCACAGCGGUGCCUGUCCGGCCGGGAGAUGCGACUCAGGGACGCCUCCUGCCCCUCGUCCGGUGGAGUACCGCCACUGCCCCUGCCGCUGCCCUUGCUGCUGCACCUCCUGCUGCCCCUCCUGAUGCUGUUGCGGCCGGCGAGGUGACGGAGCCCAGUUCAACCCCAACCCGGUGUCUUGGAGCUCGCGGAGACCUCGGGUACCCGUGGAGUGCGGUGAGACGCCCCAAGCCCGGCGAGCUGAUCCACAGCGUGGAAACGGUCGUGUGAGCCUCUCCAAAGCUGCCCCCCCGUAGACCCUUUACGGACUUUUGGUGGCAAGUGCUGCGAGCAACUAUGAAGGGCGGUACGGCACACGAGGGGGUGGGUGGGUGGGGAGCCGCUACGUCCGGCCGCCUUUGUCUCCUGAGUGGCGAUAUUUUUACGCACCGUACCAGGUAGUCAUUUGAGGCCGAGUCGACCUUGAGGACACCCAGGACCGAUUCAUAAUCGUCACUGUUGUUGGCCAUGAGCGGGAAUUGAACACGGGUCACCAGGUUCGUAGCACAUCGUGAUGAACGCUGCACUCCUACUCUAUACGAAUACACACUCACACUCCCUUGUUCUACAGUUGGGAACAUACUUCUUGGGAAUAGAUGCCCUUGGGUAGCCAGUAUUACUUUAUCCAGCACUACUGCUCAUGUUGCCUACCACGUAAGGCCGGAUUCAGGUUAUGAGGGGCAUACGACUAAUAGGAGGGAGGGUCUAAGUAUGUCUUUCCUAUUGCAAAAUGUGUUUUAAUGAAGUCACAGUUAUUUAUUUAUUUACCUAUGAACGCAUUUAUUCCACUCAAUGUAAAUUAAUCAAACAUAAAUCACUCACUACACUAUUUUCUUAAUUUGUUUUCAUCCUUAGCUUUAGCUUGUGGCAAAGUCAUGAAUGAUGUCAACGUGAAAUCUCGAUUUAAAGCUUUCGCGACUGCAGGGAUUCAUCUUCUUGGUUCUUUCGGUAAAGUCACGUAGAAGGGAAAUAAUAAAAUAAUACAAAUAAAACAUAAUAAAAUUUCGAUUUAAAGCUUUCGUGACUGCAGGGAUUCAUCUUCUUGGUUC